AUUUGGUGAAAUAUACAUUAUUGUGUAACUUAGCCUCCUUUAACCGAAUUCCAGCCAAAAUUAACACUGGAAGCACUAAUUAGAGAGGGAAAAAUUAAAUUGUCUUCAGCGUGAAUUUAGCUGCAAGUGUUACAUCGAUUGUUUUAACUGUACGCCAGAUGGCGCUAGUGUACUCGUGAUGUUGUUACAUACUGUAAGGGCGUGUGAGUGCUUGUGUAAAAAAUUAAGUGUUUCGUGAUAUUCCAAGCGCUAAUGGACAACCAAAUCGGUAUACGAGUGGAGAUGUGAAGGAGCGGACUUACAAACACACGCCAAACAGUGCCUUAGCUACAUAAUUAUAUACAUCAUUUUAUUAGUUAGAGAUAGAGUAGGUAGAGCACAAACGAACGAACUUUAACGAAGACUUAACGAAACAAUUUGGAGGCAGCCGACACACCGCAAGCACAACCGCGCGCGUGACGUAGUCUGCGCCUGCGCGUCGAGCAAGCGCUACACGGCAGCUGGAGGCGCCUGACCGCGCCCUCGAGCUCGUCCCAACACCGGCCGCGGCACCGCUCGUUCAGCCACGAGAGGCCGAAGCCUGCAGCACCACGCAGGGGCAGCUUGCAAUCCUCGGAGAGCGACCCCACCGACCCGCCACGCACGCAAACUGCUACUAUACAUAAGCCGCACUCCGUCAACAUGGCGACGCUGUCGCUGAAGAUCUCGCUGGAGGGCGGCAAGGUGGUGAAGACCAUCCAGUUCGAGCCCUCCACCAGCGUGUACGACGCGUGCCGCAUCAUCCGCGAGAAGAUCCUCGAGGCCAACACCAACGACCCUAAAGAGUAUGGGCUCUUCCUUGCGUCAGAGGAAGACAACAAGAAGGGCAUCUGGCUGGAAGCGUCCAGGAGCUUGGACUACUACAUGCUGAGGAGUGGAGAUCUCUUGGAGUAUAACAAGAAGACCAGGAAUUUGCGAGUGCGGAUGUUGGAUGGCACAGUGAAGACGCUGCUAGUGGACGACAGUCAGAUAGUGGCCAACCUGAUGGUGGUGAUCUGCACCAAGAUCGGCAUCACCAACUACGACGAGUAUGGCUUGGUCCGAGAGGAACAGAAAGAGGAGGCGGACCCAUGCGAGAAGCCCAACUACGGCACCCUGACCCUCAAGCGGCGCCACCAGGAGAAGGAGCGGGACGCCAAGAUGGAGCAGUUGCGGAAGAAGCUGAGGACGGAUGAUGAAGUGAACUGGGUGGAGCCGUCCAAGACGCUGCGCGAGCAGGGCGUGGAGGCGGCCGAGACGCUGCUGCUGCGGCGCCGCCUCUUCUUCUCCGACCGCAACGUGGACUCGCGCGACCCCGUGCAGCUCACGCUGCUGUACGUGCAGGCGCGCGACGCCAUCCUCGCCGGCACGCACCCCAUCACGCAGGACAAGGCGUGCGAGUUCGCUGGCAUCCAAUGCCAAAUCCAGUUCGGAGACCAUAAAGAAGACAAACAUACCCUCGGAUUCCUUGAUCUGAAGGAGUUCCUGCCGGCGUCGUACGUGAAGGUGAAGGGCAUCGAGAAGAAGGUGUUCAAGGAGCACCGCAAGCACGUGGGGCUCAGCGAGCUGGACGCCAAGGUGCUGUACACCAAGAGCGCGCGCGACCUCAAGACGUACGGCGUCGCCUUCUUCCUCGUCAAGGAGAAGAUGAAAGGCAAGAACAAGCUGGUGCCGCGCCUGCUCGGAGUCACCAAGGACUCCGUGCUGCGACUGGACGAGAAGACCAAGGAGAUCCUGCAGACCUGGCCGCUCACCACGGUGCGCCGCUGGUGCGCCAGCCCCAACACCUUCACCCUGGACUUCGGCGACUACAGCGACCAGUACUACUCGGUGCAGACGACGGAGGCGGAGCAGAUCCUGCAGGUCAUCGCCGGCUACAUCGACAUCAUCGUGCGCAAGCGGCGCGCGCGCGACCACCUCGGCAUCGAGGGCGACGAGGGCUCCGCCAUGCUGGAGGACUCCGUCUCGCCCUCCAAGGCCAACAUAAUCCAGCACGACACGCUGAAGGCGUCGGGCAAAGUCAACACCACGUCAGUGGCCAAGCCAGCCGUGCUGAGGCCCGGCGCUGAAGGCGCCAAGCCGUUCGCGGUGGGACACGUGACGGGGGCGCAGCAGACCACCGUGUCGGGGCAGGUGCUCACCGGACACACGCCGCCCGCUGCGAGUCAGGUGCAGCAGACCAAGGUGACGUCGGUGCUGACGGAGCCGCAGCGCGCGCUGCUGUCCACCAUCACCAGCGGGAAGGAGAUCAUCAAGCAGACGGAGGCGAGCCUCACCAGGACGGCGCUGCCGGCGCUGGGGCAGGACGCGGGCUCGGUGAAGUGGAUGCGCGCCACCAUGGACAGCAGCAAGCAAGUGGUGACGUCACAGAUCGCCGCCAUGAACGCCGCCACCGCGCAGGUCGUCACGCUCACCGCCGGUCCCACGGAGGAGGUGGACCACACGGCGGUGGGCGCCGCCAUCACCACCAUCACCAGCAACCUGCCGGAGAUGACCAAGGGCGUGCAGAUGAUCGCCGCGCUCAUGGACGACACGCAGAACGGCGACCGCCUGCUGGACGCCACGCGCAAGCUGUGCUCCGCCUUCUCCGACCUGCUGAAGGCGGCCGAGCCCGACACUAAGGAGCCACGACAGAACCUUCUCAACGCGGCUUCGAGAGUUGGAGAAGCUUCCACCAGCGUCCUCUAUACCAUCGGCGAGGAAACCGAGGAAGAUAAGGAAACCCAGGACAUCCUGCUGUCGCUGGCCAAGGCGGUGGCCAACACGACGGCGGCGCUGGUGCUGAAAGCCAAGCACGUGGCGUCGCAGUGUCGCGACGAGCAGCCGCUGCAGAACUGCAUCAUCGCCGCCGCCACGCACUGCGCGCUCGCCACCAGCCAGCUCGUCGCCUGCGCCAAGGUGGUGGCGCCCACGCUGCACAGCCCGGCGUGCCGCGAGCAGCUGGCGAGCGCGGCGCGGCAGGUGGCGGCGGCCGUGCAGCGGCUGGUGGCGGCGUGCGAGCGCGCGCCCGCGGCCGCCGCGCCCGGCGUCGAGCAGCUGACGGCGGCGGCGCAGCGCGUCUCCGACGAGCUGGAGCGCCUGCUGGCGCACUGCGACCUCGACCGGCGCGUGCAGCCGACGGUGAUGGAGCAGUCGGUGGAGAGCGUGAUGUGCGCGUCGGAGCGCGUGGCGGACGCGCCCGACGCGCCCGAGAUGGUGCGCCGCGCGCGCCUGCUGGGUCAGGCCACCGCGCGCCUCAUUGCUGACAUCAAGACGGAGGCGGAGAAGCAGCCGUCGGAGAGCCAGCGCAAGCUGCUGGCGGCCGCCAAGCUGCUGGCCGACGCCACCGCGCGCAUGGUGGAGGCGGCGCGUCUCUGCGCCUCGCAACCGCAGGACCGCGAAAAGCAAGAGGCGCUGCGGCGCGCGGCCGAGGAGCUGCGCUUCAUCACCGUGGACUACGCGCAGGGACAGGACGUCGUGGGCUCGCAGCUGGCGCGCCUGUCGGAGAGCGCGCGCCAGGCCGCGUCCAGCGCCACGCAGCUCAUCACGUCGGCGCACAACGCCACGCAGUACAACACCAACAAGUACUCGCAGGAAACUCUGCUAUCAGAAUGCGAAGUGCUGAACGAGCAGAUCCCCCGCAUGGCGCAAGCGGCCCGCACCGCGCAGGCCAGGCCGGCCGACCCGGCCGCUAACUUGGACCUCAUCACCGCCUCUGAGACCUUCUUGCAGCCGAGCGGGCACGUAGUGCAGGCCGCGCGCGGCGUGCUGCCCACCGUGAGCGACGUGUCGGCCGCCAAGAUCCUCGCCGACACCACGCACCAGUUCACCACCAGCUGCGCCGACCUCAGGUCGGCGGUGAGCCGCGCGCGCGUGUCGUGCAAGGGCGUGGAGCUGGACGCCGCGGCGGAGAUCAUCCGCAGCCUGCAGGCCGAGCUGGACGAGGUGGAGCAGGCCGCGCGCGACCUGGAGCUGCGCCCCCUGCCGGGACAGACGGCGGAGUGGGCGUCCGCGCGGCUGCAAAGCGCGUGCCGCAGCGCCGCGUCCGCCACGGCGCAGCUGGUGAGCAGCGCGCGCCGGAGGGAGAGCCCGGGCUGCGCGCGCGCCGCCGCCGACCUGGCCGCCGCGCUCAGGGACUUCGCCCCGCCGCUGCGCGCCACCGUGGCCACCGCGCCGCAGCAGUACCAGCGCAGGGUGAUCAAGUCAGGUCGCCAAGUGCUGCACUCUUCUCUGACCCUGGUGGAGACUGUCAAGCAUCAGUUCUCGAGCUCCGAGGAGCCCGACACGUCCAAUCUCAUGAGCUUGGCCAAGAAUAUUAGUGAGGGCAUGGAGGAAGCCAUCGGCGCAGUGCCGUCGCACGCCGAGCUGGACGCCGCCAUAGAGAACAUCGCGCACACGCUCGACAUCCUGGACAUGGGCGAGUUCCCGCACACCGACAAGAGCUACGGCGAGCUGCAGACGGAGCUGAACUCGGCGGCGGUGGAGCUGAGCGGCGCGUCGUCGCACGUGGUGGACAGCGUGGCCACGGAGCGCCUGCCCGCCUCCGCCGCCGACUUCCAGGCCUCCUUCGACCGCCUGGUGGCCGUGUGCCUGGAGAUGGCCGGACACGCAGAGGAGACGGAGAGCCGCACGCAGAUGGUGAGCUCGCUGAAGACCGUCACCGUCAACUCGUCCAAGCUGCUGAGCACCGCCAAGUCCGUCAGCCAGGACCUGACUCGUCCCAACGCAAAGAACCAGCUGGCGGCCGCGGCGCGCGCCGUCACCGAGAGCAUCAACCAUUUGGUGGACGUGUGCACGGAGGCGGCACCGGGGCAGAAGGAGUGCGCCGCCGCCAUCCGCAACAUGGAGAGCAGCCGCCCGCUGCUGUCGGCGCCCACGCAGCCCGUCAGCGAGCUGGGCUACUUCGCCUGCCUCGACGCCGUCGUGGACCAGAGCAAGCUGCUGAGCGAGGGCAUGUCGGGCAUGGCGAGCGCGGUGAAGACGGCGGAGACGGACAAGUUCUCGCGCAGCGUGGGCACCGUGGCGCAGGCGGUGCAGGGGCUGGUGGAGUGCGCGGCGCAGGCGGCGUACCUGGUGGCCGUGUCGGACGAGACCAGCGUGGCGGGACGCGCGGGGCUGGUGGACCAGGCGCAGUUCGCGCGCGCCGCCGCCGCCAUCGAGCAGGCGUGCCGCACGCUGGCCGAGCCCGCCGCGGACCAGCAGCGGGUGCUGUCGGCCGCCACGGUGGUGGCCAAGCACACGAGCGCGCUGUGCAACGCGUGCCGCGGCGCGUCGGGCCGCUGCGCCGAGCCGCAGAGCAAGCGCCACUUCGUGCAGGCCGCCAAGGACGUGGCCAACUGCACCGCGGCGCUCGUCAAGGAGAUCAAGGCGCUGGACGCGGACUACUGCGACGCCAACCGCGCGCGCUGCGCCGCCGCCACGGGCCCGCUGACGGAGGCGGUGCGCAGCCUGCAGCAGUUCGCCGACAGCCCCGAGUUCGCCGCCGUGCCCGCCAAGAUCUCGCCGCAGGCGCGCGACAACCAGGAGGCCAUCCUGCAUUGCGGCCGGAACAUAAUAACGGAGUCGUGCUCCAUGGUGGAGGCGGCGCGCGCGCUGGCUCUCAGCGGCACGGAGCGCACGCACUGGCACGCGCUGGCGCACCACAGCAAGGCUGUGUCCGACACCAUCAAGUCGCUGGUGGCCAACAUCCGGGAGAAGGCCCCAGGCCAGCGCGAGUGCGGCGCGGCGCUCGAGACGCUCAACAAGCAGCUGCGCGAGCUGGACCAGGUGGCGCUGCAGGCCGUGGGCCAGGAGCUGCAGCCCAGGCAGGCCAACACGCUGCAAGGUUACUGGGAGCAGAUGGAGAACAGCGGCGCGGAGAUAGCGGAGCGCUUGGAGCCGCUGCGCGUGGCGGCGCGCAGCGAGGCUGAGAACCUGGGCCACGCUGUGGUGCAUCUGGUGUCGUACGUGUCGCCGCUGGUGGUGGGCGCGGCGGGCGCGGCGUCCAACAUGACGGAGUCGGCGGCGCAGGCGGCGCUGCUGCAGCACGCGCGCACCGUGCUGGAGACGCUGGCGCUGCUGCUGGCGGCCGCCAAGCAGGCGGGCGGCAACCCGCGCGCCGCCGCCGCGCACGCCGAGCUGGACGCGCAGGCGGCGCUGGCGCGCGGCGCGCUGGGCGAGCUGGGCGCCUUCGCGCGCGAGCUGAGCACGCAGCGCGGCGCCGUGGGCCCGCUGCUGGACAGCGUGGCGCGGGCCGUGGCGCGCCUCACCGAGCACCGAAUGUCGCUCAUCGGCUCGUACGACGAGACGGACUCCUUCGUGGACUACCAGACGAGGAUGGUGGGCGCCGCCAAGGACAUCGCGCGCCUCGCCACAGACAUGACGGCGAAGGCGGCGACGGAGCCGACGCGGCUGGUGGAGGUGGGCAGCGACAUGUGCGGCAGGUACGAGCGCCUCGCCGCCGACAGCGUGGGCGCGUCCGCCACCACGCCCAACGCCGACGUCGCCAACAGGAUCCGCCUGACCGCGGUGGAGCUGGGCGAGGCGGUGUCGGAGCUGGUGCGCGCGGGCGGCCACUGCCGGCUCUCCGCCAUCGCGCAGAACCAGAAGGCCGUGGCCGAGUCGGCGCGGAAAGUCAACGAGAAGGCGGUGAGCGUGCUGAGCGCGCUGCAGGCCGGCUCGCGCGGCACGCAGGCGUGCAUCGACGCGGCCGCCACCAUCGCUACCAUCCUGGGGGACCUGGACACCACCAUACUGUUCGCCAGCGCCGGCACUCUCCAAUCGGACAAGGAAGGUGACACGUUCUCCAACCACCGGGAGAACAUCCUCAAGACGGCGAAGACGCUGGUGGAAGACACCAAGACGUUGGUGGGCGGCGCCGCCGGCAGCCAGGAGCAGCUGGCGGCGGCGGCGCAGAGUGCCGUGUCCACUAUCGUGCAACUGUGCGAGGUGGUGAAGCAGGGCGCCACGUCGCUGAGCGGCGCGGAGCCGCAGGUGAUGGUGCUGCACGCGGCGCGCGACGCAGCCGCCGCGCUGCGCGACCUGGCCGCCGCCACCGCCGCCGCCAGCGGCAAGAGCGUGGCGCACCCCGACAUGCACGCGCUCAAGCACGCCGCCAAGCGACUGUCAGACCCGAAGCGAUGGAGCCUCCCCAUCAAAACUAACACUGUGCCGCGCAGCAAGAGGCGCUCGAUAACCAUACGGGAGUACAACUCGUGCGACUCCGAGACGGACAUGUUCCAGUCCGACCAGGAAGACGAACUCGUCAAGCUCCUAGACUAUUCCAGCCACGACGACGACGUGUCUCCUACCAUAUUCCACGACAGUUGCGAAGAACUGAUCGCUCACAUCGAAAGUAAAAUGAUUAAACCACCGGCUAGGUUCACCAACGAUGACGUGAACACUCGAUACAAUAUAGCUUCACGUAACAGCUUAUUCGACAUGGAUUGGCGCGUAGUCAAAUAUGGAGAAAAUAUAUUUUUAGCAGAACUUAAGAAACUUGUAGAUUUGUAUUUAAGCUGUAUUGAUAAAGAUGAAAACAGAAAGAGAAGACACGCCCAAGAGAAAGAUAGAGCUACGUCGGAUCUCGACAGUGAAAUGAAACGAUUAUCUCAAGUCAUGGAUGACUUAGAUUGGCAAGACGUGCUUAACGAAAACAUCAAAACUACCAUAACUACCACAGUGAUUGAAUCGGUUCCUAAGAAAGCAAAAUUCGAAAAGCCAAAACUUAAAAGUCCAGUGUUCAAAGUAAAAAAGGUGAAACCGAUCAAUUUGAUAGUUAACUUAGACAUUCAGACAUCCGAGUCAAACGAAGCUUUAAAAACGCCGCUACAUGAAGUUAAAAAAGAAACAUCGCCACCAAAAACAGAUAUAGAGAGUAAAACUACUACAGAAAUAAAUAAAACUCAAUUUUGGAAUAUGUUCAAAGACGAUACAGUUUGGUGGAAGGCAUUAGCAAAAAGAAAUUUGGAAAAAAUGGAGGAAGCGAGACGUGAGUUGGAACGCUUCAGUGGCCAUGAACUGGUUUUGGGAGAAAUAAGAUCAGAAAUAGAUAAAUACGAAAAGGAAAAAGAAACUUUACAAAGCUUCAUCGAAGAAGUUGACAAAUCUAAAGCUAUUAACAAAGAUCUUGAAUAUGACAAAAAAUAUGAAGAUAUGGUUCUGAGACUUAUUGAAUUUGCGAAAAAAGAUUUUAUUUAUAAAGGGUUUGAUCCCUUGAUUGAACAAUUGAAGCUACUCUCUAACAUACAAAUAGAAGGUAGAAAGAAACACAUUGUCAACAUUGAAGAUAUUAUAAACGUUUACACUAAAAUCGACAUAUCUAAAUACACAUAUGAAGAACUUUGCCUAUUGGAGAAAUAUUACAAAGAAAUUAUUAGAAAAUACAAAAGUGAAACGCGUGAAAAAGUAAAUCAUAGACCAGUAGAAUAUGUAGACAGAGAAAAGGAAAAUAGAUCUGCGCCGCCAUCCUACCACAGAAAUGUUGUUCUGAACGUUAAUUCACAACACAAUUUAACUAAAAACGUCAAUCAUUACAGCACAACCAAUGUUACUAACAUUCAUAGUCUAAAAACGAUUAAAAAUAAGAAUCGCAAGUCCCAGAAUAAUCUAGAAAUUUUCGACCUAACUCGCACUUAUCCUUCCGAAUACUACGCAAAUAACUGGUGGUCGAUUUACGAAGAUAUCUUGAAAAAUAGAGAACAUCAAUUUGGCACCAUAGACAAUUGGUGGAACUUCUAUGAAGCUAUUUUGAAUAGCAAAGAUAUCAGCGAAGAGGAGUUGAGAAGGAUCAGAUCUGUCGUGGAACAUAGAAUGAAGAGAUCGAGACCGAACAGUAGAAUGGAGGAACAGUUGAGAAUGUUAGACGAAGUCAAGAACGCAAGGUUUCAGGAAACGGAAGAUGUCGCAACAACCGGCAAUGAAUCGGUGAUGGUGACGAACGUGACGUCACUGCUGAAGACGGUGAAGGCGGUGGAGGACGAGCACACGCGCGGCACGCGCGCGCUGGAGUCCACCAUCGAAGCCAUCUCGCAGGAGAUCGAGGUGCUGAUGUCGGCGGCGCCGCCCAAGGCCACCGCGUCGGUGGAGGAGCUGGUGCGCAGCACGCGCCUCAUGACGGCGGCCACGGCGCGCGCGGUGGCGGCGGCGGGGCAGGACCAGCUCACGGCCGCCGCCAACCUCGGCCGCCGCACCGUGCUCGACAUGCUGGCCGCUGCCAAGGGCGCGGCGCACGCGGCGGAGACGGAGGAGCUGCGCGCGCGCACGCUGGCGAGCACGCGCGCGGCGGCCGAGGCGUACCGCGCGCUGCUGGCCGCGCUGCUCAGCGCCCCGGCGCGCGCGCAGCUGCCCGAGCUGUCGCGCCGCGUGGCGCAGGCCGUGGCCGACAUGCUGGCCGUCGCCGAGCUGCUCAAAGGCUCGGAGUGGGUGGACCCCGCGGACCCCACGGUGAUAGCGGAGCAGGAGCUGCUGGGCGCCGCCGCGUCCAUCGACGCCGCCGCGCGCAAGCUGGACGCGCUGCGCCCGCGCGCGCCCAAGGCUCAGGAGACGGACGAGAACAUGAACUUCGACGAGAUGAUCCUGGAGGCCGCCAAGUGCAUCAUCGCCGCCACCUCGGCGCUGGUGCGCGCCGCCUCCGCCGCGCAGCGCGAGCUCAUCGACCAGGGCAAGGUGGCGCGGCGGCCCGCGUCGUCGUCGGACGACGGGCAGUGGUCGGAGGGGCUGGUGUCGGCGGCGCGCCUGGUGGCGGCGGCGGCGCACGCGCUGGUGGAGGCCGCCAACGCGCUGGUGCAGGGCGCCGCGUCCGAGGAGCGCCUCAUCUCCAGCGCGCGCCAGGUGGCGUCCAGCACGGCGCAGCUGCUGGUGGCCUGCAAGGUGAAGGCGGACCCCAGCUCGGAGUCCACGCGGCGGCUGCAGGCGGCGGGCGCCGAGGUCAUCCGCUCCACCGACAACCUGGUGCGCGCCGCGCGCGACGCCAUCACCUGCGACGACGAGCGCAGCCUGGUGCUCAACCGCCGCAUGGUGGGCGGCAUCGCGCAGGAGAUCGACGCCCGGUCCGAGGUGCUCCGCAUAGAGAAGGAGCUGGAGGAGGCGCGCGGGCGGCUGACGGCCAUCCGCCAGGCGAAGUACAAGCUGCGGGACACGUCCGGCGCGUCCGGCGACGAGACCGACACUGACCACCCGGGCUACUCCAGCGACGCCUCGCACACGCCCACGCCGCACAGAUUCAAAACACCAUCGAGCAGUUUCGCCAACACGACCUACAGCCCGAACAGCACCUUCACCACCCACAACACCACACAAAACACAACCCACAACACCACACACAACAGCACCCAGAACACACAGAACAUAAGCCACCACGUCUCCAGCCUGUCCCAGUCCGUCCACGGGCCACCGACGUCCCCCGGGUACAACAAGAACGGGUUCAGCCGGGACGAGAAGAUCCAGAGCCCCUCGUUCUCCAGCUUCAGACCGCUGGACGACACCCCCAAACAGAACUAUGAAGGGUUUACCACACGAGAAAAAGCCUCCAAUGACAGAACGAUGAAAAAUAAGACGAGCAUGUCGGAGGAGACGGUGGUGGUGCGCACGUUGCAACUGCCCGAGGUGCGCACCGCUCACUUGGUAACGGAGGGCGAGGUGGGAGCCCCCGGGGCAGGCCGUGAGAGGAUAUACUAUAGGAGGGAGCCGCCGCCGCCGCCGCCGCGCCGCGCCUCGCUCCUCAACUACGAAACCCGACUGUACGACACGCCGCGACCCACGCACGACUACUACACGCAAUCGUCUAAAUCGGAUGAACAGCGUCACUACGAAUCCUCGUCCUCGUACAAAGAUCAGAGGUUCGGCUACGACGCGCCCAGAGCGCCGCCCAUGAGUCCCAAAUUCAACGCCAGAGACCUGAAAUUCGACGAAAAGCCUGAGCCUAUAUAUUCCACCCUCAAAAAACCGUUCGAUGGUGUCGGACAAACGUUCUCCGAACACCAGAAAACGUCGGAAGCCAUCCCCGGGGGCACGAAGCAGUCCGAAUACACCAUAAAGAGCGAGUCGUACCAAUCGUACCCGAAAACGGAGUUCUUCAAAACGGAGACUCGACAGGAGACCAAAUCUCCCUUCGCGACGUCCACUCCGGCCAAGACGCAAACGGACUUCGUGGAUUACUCCAAAAACAUGGACAUCGUGAAAGCCGCUACUCCGGAAUACGAGAGGAUCUCGUCGCCGUAUGGGAGAGAAGCCCACGGCUACGGAGGGCCGAACUUCUUCGAGGAGACCACCACGGAGGUGAAGGAGAUACCGAACGGCACCCAGAAGAUAACCAAAACCACCAUCUACAGCUCGUCCCCGGUCAACUUGACGACCACGAAUACUAAAUACGAACCCAUCAAACUCGAAGGCAUCGAUGAACUGUCGAAAUUCGAUAACGACUCUCGAUACAGCACAUUGGAUUCUCGAUUCAACACGCUGGAGUCGAAAAUGAGUUCGGACACGAGCAGGUCGUUCAUGCGGCCGUCCGACUUCCAGACGUCCGACUACCAGGCGACCACCAGCGUCACCAAAGUCAAGAAGCCGUCGGACCUGGUCAAGGAAAUCGACUCCAUGGACAGGAAGUUCUCGAAACAAUCGAUAACGUCCGAAACGAUCGAGAAGAAAUCGAUCAUGACCAGCUCUCACAAGUCUGAGACCAGCUCCACGGUAACAAAGAAGUUUGGAAACUUUUAAAGGUUUGAUUCUUGAUCUUUCGAGGUUAUGUUUAUUGCUUGAUGUUGUGUGUGUAUGUGUGUGUGGAACAGUAGAUGUUAGAAUUAAGGUGGAAACAUACUUUAAAAUAUCCGCACCUCCAUUGCUUACCAUUACAACAGUUUGCGAGAAUUAAAAAAUAUGUUUUCACCCCUUAAAAAAUCUCGUAUUGUGCCUGCGUUUUAACUUAUGAGUUUGCAACUUAGCAUUAAAAUAUACUUAGUAUAAUCGAAGGUGCUCUUAGAAUGAAUUAAAUGUAGUGCCUGAAUCUGGUGUCAGAAUAAAUAUUAUUGAAAAAAUUAUAAAAAUGAUCAAUUUCGUUUGAAGUUCUUUGACCCCGUCGUAGAUCUUAAACAUUUAUAUAGUACUUUUUAUUUUGAAAUGUUUAUUAUUAAAUAUAUAUCCUCAUUGUUGGGUAACUUUUUUGACAGGUUGUCAACCGUGUCCAUACAAAGCCGCGGUUGACCGCUACUGUCAAAUUGUGUAUGGUGAUCUAGAAUUCACAAAGUGCUAAUCCCUCGGGAGACCUUAUGGAUAGAUGCCUUUAUUAAAUAUGUAUACAUGUACAAUACUAUAAAUCCAAAAUGAAAUUUAAAAAAUUAAAAGAGUUUUAUGGUGACGGAAUUUUUAUAAAAAAUACUGGUGCGUUUAAAUAAAAAUAAGUUUUUCUAAAUUUUGUGCCUGUAUAGCCGCGUGUGCCACAAUUGAGAUGAAAUAUUAUAAAUAAGUAUUUAUUAUAAAAAAUCCAACUAUUUAUAAACAUUAUAUUUUGAAGAUUAUAAAAUCUCGAAAGCGUAAUACUCCGACAUACCUACUCGUAAGUAAGGCUAAGGACUGAUGUCUAACUUUAGAGGUUAUUAUAUAUUUUUCAACAAUUUUUAAAUAUUGCAUUUUAUGAAGAAAAGUUUUUAAAGAAACAUUAAAUGGUUGGAUUUUUUAAUAGAAUAGAGUUUAUCUAGAGUGCCUUUAAAAAUAUGUAUUUAAGAUAUAUUGAAAUAUACAUUAAAGCUAUCGGGUCUAUGUUCUGUGUCUCGAACAUUACAUGUGAAGUACAUUUUUGCAUUUGACAGCUAUCUGAUGACACUUUUGAUAGAUUUUUUUACAUUUGUACAGACUGUAUUCAACUACAUUUUAUAUACAAAGAUUUUUUAAAUAAUUUAAUUUUAAUAACCACUUUACAUUUUAACAACUAGGUUUUUUAUUUUAUUUUGCCUUAACAAUAUAUAUAUUUUAAUCAUAUAUAUUUGGGCAGAUUUUUGAUGAUAACAUUUUAUCUGAAAACGUGCUGUUAUGACGUAUAUAAUGUCAAAUUGAUGAUAAGUAAAAAUUAAAUUUCCUUGUGACUAUUGAACAUCGAAUAUAACCAACUAAAUGAUUGUGACGUGCAUAUUCAACUAUAUGAAGUAUUAAGACGCUGUAGUGUAAGAAUAAACGUAGAAAACUGAAAAACAUAGGUCCGAAGUGUACUGUGCCAUAGAUAGAGACUUAUUUAUAAGCAUAUUAUGUAACAAAGUUUAAUUAUGUAUGAAUAUACUUAAAUUAAAAUUUAUUAAAAAUAAAUAAAAAUGUCUGCUACUUUUUAGUGAUGUUUGGUGCAAUUUUUUUAUAAUUAACUUGAUUUUUUACCGACUAACUUGAGUUUAUUUAACUAAUCGACUAAGUACAAUUAAAUGUAACUGCAAAGAUUUCAUAAGCUUGGAGAAAAAAACAUAUAGUAAGAACAAAAUAAAAAUCAUUUAAACUUUCAACUAUAAUUGUUGUUUGGCUUUACAUUUUAAGCAGCUAAGUAUUAUUUCUUUUAUUUAAUGGUAAAUAUAAUUAAUGUUAAAAAUUGUUGCUUAUGCAAUCUUAUAUUACUAAAAAUAAAAGCAUGUUUUUAAAAUUAUUAUAUUUAUUAAUCACUAAAUACUUUAGUGUUUGUGUUAAAUAUAUAAAUUUUUAUUUUUUAUUGCAUUGAUUCAGAUGAAAAAUAUGUUUUGUAUUUUUUUUUUUGUAGCGUAGUGACGACGAUAGAAAUGGCGUCGCCUGUCUCGACGAAUUAUGUAAGAUUAAAUAAUAUUUUCAUUUAAUUUUUUUUUUUUAAUUAGGGCCCUUUUGUAUGUUAUUUAUAUUAUGAAAUAUAACCUUUUCAUAGUACGUAAUUGGUAAAACAUAAUUAUGAUUAAUACUUUAAUAGUAUUUUCUUUUUCCGUGUGAAAAAUGUGUUAAAUUAUUAUUAUUUUUAUAUAGUAGGAAUACAUUAAAAGGGCUCUUUUUAAAUUUUUUAAAUAUUAUAUUUUAUUUUUAAAUACGAAAGGUGCCUUGAAACCGCAGGUUAUUUUUUUUAUUAUACUUACAAAGAAAUAAAAAUAAUUUUAAAAUAGUCUUAGUAUAGCGAUGCCCGCGGAAGCGAUUCGUCCACUGAAGGUAUUGAAACACCAAUAACAUAGAUAUGUGUAUGAUAUACAAUAAAGCGUGUGUGUAAAUAGGCACGCAACAACUUAUACUUCUUUGGCGUGAAUUGGAAAAGAUUUAAAUGUUUUUCAAUGUACGGCGACAUCUGUCAUAUUCACACAUCAUCAUUCAUAUUCACAUAGAUGCAAGUUGGCCGUCCAAAGAACUUGUGUUUACAUUCUGAUCCGAUUCACCUGACGCACCAAAGAAUGUAUAACUUGAAAAAAAUAAUAUUUAUGACAAAUAUAAUUAUAUAACUUUAACAUUUUUGGCAGUUUUAACACUUAGAACUAUCUUGUCUUAGAUUAGAUUGAGAGUAAAUUAUACAUUUCUUUAACAUUUUGUAAAGAAAUCUUUAUGAUAGAUGUAUAAAAUGUAUGUAACGCGCUGAAAUUAUAAUAAUUGCUUAAAUAUAUAAUGUAGCGCCCUAUAGCGACUGUAUCUUUGUAGUAUUUAUAUUUAAACUAUAAAUUGAGUAGAGAAAUGACUCGAUAUUGCAGCAUGAAAUAGACAUCAAAUGUUUACCGUGGCAACCACUAAUGUACAAUUUAGCUGUUUUAAGUUUUAUUGGAAUAAAAAUCUCUGAAUUAUGAAUAUUAUAUUUUUGUGAAAUCGAGUCAUAAUAUGUGUAAGCAGUGUGACCUUGGAAUUUAUAUGAAUUACAGCAGCUUAAUCUCAGUAUAAAAGUGAAAGCCAAAUGUUUUUUUUGACUAAUUAUUAUUUUUUAUUUGUGUUAAUUUAAUCGGUUUGAAUAAUUUUUUGAACUAAAUAAUUAUAUCAAUUUGUUAAUAUUAUUUGAGAUUUUAUUUUUGGUGUAUUUGCGUGUAAUAUUUGACACGUUCGUGUAAACGCCGGCCCAUGUAACACAUCGAUGUAAUAAACUGUAACUAAUUAAA